UUAAUUGCUUUUAAUUUGUCUCUCAUCUUUCCUUAAUUAGCUUCACCCAAGUAAAAUAAGCUGUGUCGAGUCGUCUACCAUGGCCUCCUUGAAACUGCGAGCUCCUGCGCCAUGUCUCACUCAAGCAGAUCUGCAAGCAAAGAUAAAUGAGGUAAGGGGGUUGAUCGGUCCUGCCUUGAGUAAGUUCCCGACAAUGUCAUCGGACGCGUCGAUAUUAAGGUUUCUGAGAGCUAGGAACUUUAACACAAAAAAGACUGCCAAGAUGCUCAAAGAAACCUUGAAAUGGCGGAUGGAGUACAAGCCCGAGAUGAUUCGAUGGGAACACAUUGCCCGUGAAGGAGAGACCGGAAAAGUUUACAAAGCCAACUACUGUGACAAGAUCGGCCGCACCGUGCUUGUCAUGCGCCCAGGCUUCCAGAAUUCAAGCAAGACGGACGGGCAAAUCAGGUACUUGGUGUACUGCAUGGAGAAUGCAGUACUGGAUCUGAAACCAGGGCAGCAACAAAUGGUGUGGCUAAUUGAUUUUCGUGGAUGGAACAUGUCCAGCAUUUCAGUUAAGACAACCCAGGAAACAGCCCGUGUCUUACAAAACCGUUACCCUGAACGCUUGGGCCUUGCCAUUCUUUACAACCCACCCAAGCUCUUCGAGUCCUUCUGGACGAUGGUGAAGCCAUUUCUUGAGAGGAAGACGCACAAGAAAGUGAGAUUCGUAUACGCUGAGAACCCAGAGAGCAAGAAGAUAAUGGACGAACUGUUCGAGAAAGAGAAGUUGGAGAUGGCGUUUGGAGGGAGUUGCUCUCAAGGCUUUGACUACAAAACCCAUUCCCAGCGCAUGAAAGAGGACGACAAGAAGAUGAUGGAGUUCAUCAAGUCCGGCGCCCCAUUGCCGUCCGAUCAAAACGUCCAGAACCAGGCGGAACCGGUGAGCCCGGAGUCCCCUUCCGGCGGCUUAUACGACGACGACGACUCUUCCUCCUCUAAUGAGGAAGACGACGACAAUUCCCCAAGCAGCAUCCACCACAUACGCUUCAAUUAGAAGAAAUUACAAAAACAAUAUGAAAUUCAGAUUCUUUUAAUUUGGCUGGCCGGGCAACAUAUAUGAUCAUAUCCUAUCCAUCUCACUACACGUACGUUAACAUAAACGUAGAAAUAUGUAUAAUGCACCGCAAUAAAGAGCAUGCAUGAAUGCAUGCGCCAACUCUGAUAUUUGAGAAUUGAAAUCAAAAUUUGUUUUUAUUUA